AUGGAAGCUCCACUACCAGUUCCACCUGAUGGCGACGUCAUUACUGGUCCGCGUUACAUGGCAGCCAUGAUCACCAUUACCGUAAUAGCAGUCUUGAUUGCAUGGCUGAGGAUGUAUGUGCGAUUCUUUGUGUCCCACAAUCCAGGUUGGGAUGACUACACCAUGUUUGCAGCCUCGCUUGUUGCAGUCGUUACCAACGCCUUCCUCAUCAACUCAUACCAUUACGGAGUCGGACGACAUCGCCUGUACGUGCCGCCUGAAAAUAUACCGCCCGCAUUUAUGUGGCUGUGGGCUGCAGAGCCCACCAAUCUUUUCGCCGUAUAUCUUGUCCGUCUGUCUAUCUGUCUGUUCUUCAUACGCCUCAUUCCACCAAAGAAAGUAUAUAUGUGGAUCAUCUGGGUCACCAUUGCCGCGCUGACGGUGUCUGAUGUUUUCACGUCGGUCUAUUAUUUCUUCGAAUGUCGGCCAAUACGAAAGGUCUGGUUACCCAAAACUCAGGGACAAUGCUUUGGCGAAGGAGUUCAGCAGGCCGCAACGUGGCUAUAUCAAGCCACGUCCAUUCUUGGUGACCUCAUUCUGCUCACCAUACCGAUCUCGCUAUUCUGGCGGUUACAGGUGCGAUUGCGCACCAAGAUUGGGCUUAUCAUUAUCUGCUCACUCGGCAUCUUUACCAACGUCUGCGCAAUUGUCAAAACCGUCCUCCUACCUGCCCUCUUCAGCCCCGAUCCAGACAAGACCUGGAUAAUCAAAGAUCUCUGCCUCUGGGCUCCAAUGGAACUCUGCGUCGGCAUGAUCUGCGGCACGAUCCCCGCGCUCGCGCCCCUCUUCGGCCUCGCGACGGAAAAGACACGUAGUCGCCGACAACGCUACCGCAAAUUUGAGGGUGCUGGAAGUUACGAGCUGUCGUCGUCGGGUCGCCACAAUACGCCCGGGCAUCACCACCCUCGAGAUCCCUCGGGGAUGAAUUCUGCGCUUGGCGCUCCUGACGACACAGCAGCACCGCAAAAGCCUACGCGUUCUGUCACAGUGACUAGGCCGGCGUCGAAGGAGCGCUUUUUCGCGCAGGAGCCGGAUGAUAGGUGGAUCCGGACGACGUAUGAGGUUGAUAUCAGUCGGGAGCCGAUUGAAUCGUCGUCCGAUACGAUGGCGGGAGCGCGAACAAAUGGAGAGAAUGGGGAGCGGAGAGCGGGAUGGUGGAAUGUGGUUUGA